AUGAGCUUAUCGAGGGCUGGAAUACGCUCACUGCUAGUGGGUGGAAUGGCACUCAGGCCUCUGGCAAGCCGGGUGCCAAUACUGGCUCUGAACGCCAGAAAAACGUGGUAUCAAAAAAAUCUGUAUUCAACGACACCCGAGUCGAAUAAGGGCCUGAAUGCGGGUUCAGGAGCUUUUCCAGAAGGAACGGGAAGCUCUGGUGAAAGCGAGCGAGCUUCUCAUGGACUUUUGGCCCAAAAAGAACAGCUUGCAAACAAAGAACUAGGCAACGCGUUGGCACAGGCAGAUUUUUACAAACUGCUCUUGAAAUCAGAUUAUCCCCAAUAUGUGGUUUCUAGAUUCGAGACACCAGGAAUCGCCUCUUCUCCGGAAUGCAUGUCUCUGUAUAUGGAGGCGCUGCAAAAAACAGGCCGUAACGCAGACGCUGAAGGCGUUAGGCAAAGCUUAGCUGGGGCAACAGCCGGAGCACAGGGCGCUGCCGGAUUUCCUCCGGGAAUAGAUGGUGCAAAACAGUUUUCUGCGGGAUCCUUCGGCCAGGGUGCUUACAACCCUUUCAUGGGGUCGAAAAAAGAACCAUUGCAUGUAGUUGUCACGGAAUCCGCUUUUACCAUUAUCUCAAGAUGGGUAAAAUGGCUGGUAGUUUUCGGGCUGGUCACUUACGGCCUGUCAGAAGGAUUCAAAUAUAUCAGUGAGAACACCACGCUGUUAAAAUCUUCCGAGGUUGCAGACAAAUCCGUGGACGUGGCCAAGACUAAUGUUAAGUUUGAUGACGUGAGGGGCUGUGAAGAGGCCCGUGCAGAACUGGAAGAAAUCGUGGACUUUCUGAAGGAUCCUGCCAAAUAUGAAUCAUUGGGAGGAAAGCUUCCCAAAGGUGUUUUGUUGACAGGUCCUCCGGGUACCGGUAAGACUCUACUGGCCAGGGCAACGGCCGGAGAAGCUGGUGUAGACUUCUUUUUCAUGUCAGGCUCUGAAUUCGACGAGGUUUAUGUCGGUGUUGGUGCAAAACGUAUUCGUGAGCUUUUCUCCCAAGCCAGAAGUCGUGCACCGGCCAUCGUUUUUAUUGAUGAACUUGAUGCUAUUGGUGGAAAGCGUAACCCAAAAGAUCAGGCCUAUGCUAAGCAAACGCUGAACCAGUUAUUAGUUGAACUAGACGGUUUCUCACAAAGUAGCGGUAUCAUUAUCAUUGGCGCUACCAAUUUCCCUGAGUCACUGGACAAAGCUUUGACAAGACCUGGUCGUUUUGACAAAGUGGUAAAUGUUGACUUGCCUGACGUUCGUGGCCGUGCAGAUAUUUUGAAGCAUCACAUGAAAAAAGUCACAUUGGCCUCUGAUGUUGACCCUUCCAUCAUUGCCAGGGGUACGCCUGGUCUUUCGGGUGCCGAACUAAUGAACUUGGUGAAUCAAGCUGCCGUGUAUGCGUGCCAGCAAAACGCAAUAUCUGUUGAUAUGAAACACUUUGAAUGGGCAAAAGACAAAAUACUUAUGGGUGCAGAAAGGAAAACAAUGGUGUUGACUGAGGCUUCUAGAAGAGCUACCGCUUUUCACGAAGCUGGGCAUGCUAUCAUGGCAUUGUACACACCAGGCGCUACUCCUUUGUACAAGGCUACAAUUUUACCCAGAGGCAGAGCCUUGGGUAUAACAUUCCAGUUGCCAGAAAUGGACAAAGUGGACAUUACGAAAAAAGAGUGUCUGGCUAGACUUGACGUAUGCAUGGGCGGGAAAAUUGCCGAAGAAAUCGUUUACGGAAAGGAAAACACAACUAGUGGAUGUGGAUCUGAUCUUCAAAGUGCCACUAAUACCGCUAGGGCCAUGAUAACACAGUACGGCAUGAGCGACAGUGUUGGUCCUGUUAACUUGGCUGAUAACUGGGAAAGCUGGUCCGGCAAAAUUCGUGACAUAGCAGAUAACGAAGUUAUUGAAGUGCUGAAAGCUUCUGAGGAGAGAUCGAGAAAAAUGCUCUCUGACAAAAAUAAAGAAUUGGAGCGCCUGGCGGAAGGGUUAAUGGAGUACGAGACUCUAGAUUCAUCCGAAAUCAAGUUAAUAUGCAAAGGAGAAUCGCUUUCCAAGGCCAAGAUGAAAACGAACACCGUCGUAGAGGGACCCGACAGUGAUGACAGGAAGGAAAAGGGCGACAAGUCCAAGGUCCCGGUUUUGAUCAAGGCUUGA